AGAAAAGCAGAAGUGGGAGGUUUGGAAAUUGACCCUCCCCCAAGGGACUGACUGUGGCCUCAGCUCCAGUAGUGGCCUGGCACGGCUAUAGUGGCCUGUGUGUGGAGAAAUGACCCUGGGGGACCUGGCUGUGUGGCUGCCUUUGGUUCUGCUGCUUCUCUGGUUUCCAGGCUGUUCUGCUCUGACUGGCCCCAGCACAGUGACGGGCACUGUGGGAGAAUCCUUGAGCCUGCAGUGUCAGUAUGAGGAGAAAUACAAGACAUUCGACAAAUACUGGUGCAGAAAGUCAAAGUCAUUCUCACUAAUUUGUGGCGAAAAAGUGGAGAUCAAAGGCUCAGAGAGCAGAGCGAGGAAAGGCCGGAUGUCCAUCACAGACCAUCCUGAAAACCUCACCUUAACAGUGACAUUGGCGAAUCUCACCCUGAAGGAUGCUGACUUCUACUGGUGUGGGAUCAGUACACCAUGGAUCGAAGGAAGGGAUGACUCCCUCAGGGUACAGGUGUUUGUGAUUCCAGCAUCAACGACAAGUAUCCCAGAAGACAAAACCUGGACAACCACAACCACAACCACAACCAAAGCUGUGCCAUUCACCAACGUGGCAGCAGAGAGUCCUACCCAAGAAUCCAGCAGCCAGGAGGACUAUCCUGAGAGCCAGGGCUCAGGUCCAAUCACACUUUGGGGAAGCCCAGGCCACCCCACUUCUGACUUCUGGCUGCAGAUUUGGGUUCCCGUGACUUCCUCGGGCUCAUUAAUUCAUUGGACUCAGAAUUCCGCAAAGCAGAGUUACAGGUUCAUCGUGAAGGAUAAAGAUCAGGAUUGGCUUUACAAGGCGACAGGUAAGGCCUCCCGUGUGGUGUCCUUGUUAGCACUUCUGCUGCUUCUGUUGGUGGGGGCCUCACUGCUGGCCUGGAGGAUGUUUCAGAAACGGGUCAAAGCUGGCAAGUCUUCAGAGCUGUCUGGGAACCUCAGGCAGGCUGCCGAGCAGAGUGAGCCCCAGUACGCAAAUCUGCAGCUGCACACGUGGUCCCUGCAGGAAGAGCCCAUGCCACCUAGGCAGGUAGAGGUGGAAUACAGCACAGUGGCAUUCCCAGCGGAUGACCUUCACUACAGCUCCGUGGUGUUUGACUCACAGAAGCAGAAUUCCAACACCAACGGGAUAUCCUCCCAGAGGCCCAGGGAGGAAAUGGGGUACAGCGGGAUCUGCAAGCCCAGGGACAGUCCUUAGCCCUCACUCUUCCCCUUGGCCUGCUCCCCUCCUUGGUGACCUCCAGACUCCUGAGCUCCCUGCAAACUGCUUCUCCACUGCAUCAGCCCAGCUGGCCUCACCAAGGACAGGUGGGAACCAGGGUUCUGCAGGGGCAGCAGGAAGCACUUCCGUCCAUCCCCCUGUCCCUCCAGCUCCUUCUUAGCUCUCUUCCUUCUGGUGCUGUGUGGAGGGUACAGCUCAGUACUGUACGACUCACAUAGGAUAGCACCUGCAGUUAGCUUUGUAAAUCUCAGCCCCCCUCCCCGUAGGAAAUUCUGGGGUUGCUGGGGAGUGGGGGAGAACUGGCAAGAAAAGUUCUCUCCCCAUCUCACAGAUCAGGAAACUGAGCUCCAGAGAAGAGCCUGGCCAUGGCUCCAGACUCAAUGGCAGGUUCCUCUGGAUUCUUGGAUUAAUUUUUAAUAUAAGAAAUGUAAAUAAAGUU